AUGGUCGCGCCCGCUGUUCCAGAGAUCCAUGAGGAGGACGAUAUUUAUGUUGCCGUCGAUGCGCGCUCAGACUCAUUGCAGAGCCUUAGGGAACUGGGACCCCCAGACUUGGUGUACUUGGUGAAGCAACCAAAGGCCAAUUCCACCCGCCAGACCGGUGUGUAUCACCAUGUGACCGGAAUUGAUGCCUCCUCAUCCGCGAGUCUUGCUGCCUACGUCAACACCCUCACCUUCUCCCCGCUGGAUAAGACACACAAGGUUGUCUCGGGAAUUUACUGCUGCUACAAUGCAUUCUCUCACCUAGACAUGCGCGUUGAGGUUAAGAUUCCCGGAAGCUUGGAAAGUUAUUGUAUCGACGAGCGUGGGGACAAACGAGUAGCUACGGAGGCUCUCUGGCUGGAAACCUUCCUCUGCUCCGUCUUGAGGGCUUAUCAAUAUGCUGAUAAUGGAGGUGGAGACGCCAUCAAGAAGAUUGUUGGUGUCAGGCGGUUCAACCCAGUCACGAACACAGAAAUGGAACAUAAGUUCUUGGAUGCUGCCGAAAAGCUAUUCUUCCUGGGCCGUCAACUCAGCUCCGACCCGGAAACACAGGUUCCUAACACCGUAACCAACCACCUGACAUCCGGUAUUCUCAAGUAUAUCUACACCACCGGACGCUACACAUCAGGAAUCAACCUCUUUGAGAAGCUGCGCACACGGGAUGUGGAGGUAUCAUCUCUACUGGCUCGUGUUCAAUUGAUGGCGGAUGAGGAAGUGCAGGCAGUACGAUUGAUGUAUGAUGCCCUCCAAGAUGUUCCCAUGGACUAUGCCCUCCUUGAUUGCCAGGCCUCUUUCUGUCAAGAGAAGGGUGAGGGUCAAAUGGCCUUGGAAUGCGCCAAGCGGGCAGUCACCGCGGCGCCCAGUGAGUUCAGUACCUGGGCCCGACUGGCAGAGGUAUAUGUUGGCAUGGAGCAAUGGGACUUAGCCCUUCUGACUCUAAACUCCUGUCCUAUGUUCACGUAUCAGGACAAGGAUACGCCGCGCAUGCCUCAGCCGUCUCGCAUUAUGCUUCCAAUCCUUUCUGAAAGCAUUCUUGAAGAGAUCGAUGAGGGCCAGCCCAAGCAGGGCGAUCCCCACGACUAUAUCCACCCUACUCUCCGCAAGCUGCAUGCAGCCAACUACCAGGGAACAUUCCUCAAGGCUUACAACCUGCUCACUAAGAUUGCUGCAGCAAUUGGCUGGGAUCAGCUGCUGAGAGUCCGGAGCGAGGUUUUUGUCAUGGAGGAGGAAUACCGCGUCGAGCGUACACAUGUCCCUAAGCCGGCCCAGUCUCUGGAUGCCGAAACAAAUGGGCAGGCUGUAGAGGAUGAUGAGGCUGAGGACGAUGAAAAUGAUUCCGGCUCUGUGUCAGGUCCUGCUGAGAAUGCGCCGAACGGGAAUACGGACGAGGCGGCCACUGGAAGCUCCAUUGAACGCCCAGAACAAACCGUGGCCUCGGAAGUUGUCAAGUCAGGAAAUGAUGAUCCCGAUCCUUCCCACGGUGCCUACACUCAGUUCCACAACAAACGUCUGUGCGAGCGAUGGCUGGAUAAUCUUUUCAUGGUACUCUACGAGGACCUGCGAGUCUAUACAAUCUGGCGCACUGAGAUGGCCCAAUCUCGCCAACAGGCGACGGAAUACAAGAAGUCAGCGACCGAAUGGGAAAUUUUAGGCGAGCUUGCCGAACGCCUACACCACUUCGAUGAGGGUAUUGAGGCUUAUCAAGCUUGUCUUGGGACCCGCUUCUCGCCCAAGGCUACACGAGGUCUCCUCAAGCUUUACGAACAGAGAAAUGACACUAGAGGCAUGCUGGGUGCGCUGAUUCGCCUGAUCGCCUGGCAAUAUCGCUGGUAUUCUGAGUUCUCACCGGAUCUUCUCUACUUGGUACGCAAACUCAUUGAGGAUGAGGGAGCCGUCAAGGUCCGCAGCAUUGUGCAGGCUACCAACCUACCUCAGCCGGUUCUAGAUCUCACCCAUCAGUAUUGCCAGCUUUGUGCCACUUUCCGAAGCAGCGGCAGUGAUACUUAA